UUAGAUAAGCGACAGAGACUCAUUAGUCAUAAAACACCUUACUAACGUUGAAACUUUUAAAACCUUGUAUGGAAUGUUAGAAAAACUAUGCUAACUUAAUUUUGGAGUGACUUACAAUGAUUAUGAGUUUUUUCAUGCUCAAGAGCAAGAGAUUUAACAUGGAGGAUUAAGGGAUUCUGACCAUAUAUAGUGUGCUGGCAACAUGCCGUUUGUAAAUAUGAAGAAGGCCUCUAGCCAGGCUGGUGGGGGCAAGAGUUUUGCUGUCAGGGUAACAACAAUGGAUGCAGAACUAGAAUUUUCAUACAUAGAGCAAAAAGCAACUGGUAAAGACUUAUUUGAAUUAGUAUGUCGAACUAUUGGACUGCGGGAAACCUGGUACUUUGGUUUGCAGUUCAUUGAUUCCAAAGGAUAUAUUUCAUGGUUGAAGUUCGAUAAAAAGGUUUUAGAUCAAGAUGUCCCUAAAGAAUCUCCAGUUCCUUUCCUGUUUCUUGCCAAGUUUUACCCAGAAGAUGUUUCAGAAGAGUUGAUACAAGAGAUCACCCAGCGAUUGUUCUUCCUCCAAGUGAAGCAGUCCAUUCUAAACAUGGACAUCUACUGUCCUCCAGAAGCAUCUGUUUUAUUAGCCUCAUAUGCAGUCCAAGCAAAGUAUGGUGAUUAUGACCCGUCAAACUACAAACCAGGAAUGCUGUCCAGCGAUGACCUUUUACCUCAGAGGGUAAUAGACCAGUACCAGAUGACCCCGGAGAUGUGGGAGGAUCGGAUCAAGGAGUGGUAUGCUGACCACAAGGGCAUGUCAGGGGAUGAAGCAGAAAUGGAGUACCUUAAAAUAGCCCAAGAUUUGGAGCAGUAUGGUGUGAAUUACUUUCAAAUUAAGAAUAAAAAGAACACAGAACUGUGGCUGGGGGUAGAUGCCCUGGGACUCAAUGUCUAUGACCAGAAUAACCGGCUAGAACCCAAAAUCACUUUUCCUUGGAGUGAAGUGAAAAACAUCUCCUUCAAGGAAAAAAAGUUUGUGAUAAAACCAGUAGGGAAGAAAGUUCCAGAUUUUAUAUUUUAUGCACCAAAAGUGAAAAUCAACAAACUUAUUUUAGAAUUAUGUGUUGGAAAUCAUGAGUUGUUCAUGCGCAGAAGAAAACCAGAUUCUAUGGAAAUCCAACAGAUGAAAGCUAAUGCUAGAGAUGAGAGACAGAGAAAGAGAUGUGAUAGAGCAAAACUAGCCAAAGAAAAACAGCUGAAAGAAGAGGCAUUACGAGAGAAGGCAGAGUUAGAGAGAAAAUUGUCACAGAUGCAGGAAGAAGUUAGAACUGCCCAGGAAAUGUUGAAACGCUCUGAAGAAACCACAGAACUGCUGGCUGAGAAGGCUAGGUUUGCUGAGGAAGAGGCUCAGCUUCUGACUCAAAAAGCAUCUGAUGCAGAGCGUGAAAUUCAAAGCAUCAAAAUCACAGCCAUCAAGACUGAAGAAGAGAGAAUAUUGAUGGAGUUUAGAGCUAGAGAAUAUGAGAUGAUCGCCACCAAGUUAUUGGAGGACUCAGAAAGGAGAGCUAAGGAAGCGGAUCAGUUGAAAGAUGAACUAACUCAAGCGAGGAUGUCCGAAAAAUUGGCGAAAGAACGGCUGUUAGAAGUGGCACGUGUUUCCCCUACUUAUCCUACCAUGUUCCCACUUGCGUCCUUGACCUCCGACCUCUCAGACUUUCACAUCGGUAAUUCACACCAGAUUUCCGUUGAUGGGGAGUUUUCUUGUGAACUAUUAGGGGAUGGGGACAUGGAUCAGUUGUCCCAAGAAAUAGAGAGAGAAAGAGUUGAGUACAUGGAGAAGUCGAAGCAUCUACAGGAGCAGCUAAAGGAGCUGAAGUCAGAGAUAGAGGUGCUCAAAGUGGAGGAGAAGGAGACAGAUCUGGACCGGCUACACGAGAGCAGCAUACAGAGGGGGGACAGCAAGUACUCCACCCUCAGACAGGCUAAAUCAAGUUCUGCUCAAGCCAGAGUAGCCUUCUUUGAGGAACUGUGAAGAAAAUGUGAUAAAUAAAACUUGUGAUUCAGUAACCUGAGGCUUAACCACUAACCAGUAUUACAGCCUAGAGAGCGGCUUAAGAUGUAAUGGUGCUGCAUUCUAUGACCAAUAUUUAUUAUUCCCAAACAGUGCUGGUCGUUUGAUGGAAUCAAAACUGUUGCUUAGAAAUCACUCCCACGUCUUGACAAACCAGCAUUUCAGUUUGAAAUGGAAUUAGGCUUUUCCGCCUGCAGUUUUAUUUGACACAAGUUGGUAUUUUAUAUGUUGUGUUCAUUUAAUUAUAUUCAUAUGCCAUACAAAAUCUUGUUUUAACCACACACAAGUUGAAUGUAAUAAGGAAACCAAUUUCACACUUACCGUACUAUGGCUACAUGUGACUCUAUAGAGGUAACUCAUUGUUUCUGUGCUCUGAAUCAGCAGUGUGUGCUCUACUGCUUGAGCACAUUGUGUGCUCUACUGCUUGAGCAACAAUCAUUGGCUCUUGUUACUUUAAUAGCACAAAUUUUUGAUGUGAUAUAUAGAUACUUGAAUACAAAGAUUAGGUAACAUACAUGUAUGUAGUUACUUGAAUACAAAAUUUAAGUAACCUAUUUGCUCUCUAUCUGAGCAUGUAUUAAUCUGGCAUUGUCUUUCAAAUCCAAUUACAAUGUAUU